AUGAGUGCCGAGACGUCGUCCCGCGCGUCUGCGCACCUCCGCGCCCUCUUUAGGAUGGAACCCAGCCCGCCGGUGGCCUCGGAGCAGCUGCUGGGCGCCUCCGAGUUCCUCAAAGACCGACUAUAUUUUGCUACUUUGCGGAACAGACCCAAAAGCACAGCCAACACGCACUAUUUCUGUACGGAUGAGGAGUUUGUUUAUGAAAAUUUUUAUGCAGAUUUUGGACCUUUAAACUUGGCUCUGGUGUAUCGAUUCUGCUGCAAAUUAAACAAAAAAUUAAAGUCUUUCAGUCUAUCAAGAAAGAAAAUUGUGUAUUAUACCAGCUUUGACCAACGGAAAAGAGCAAAUGCAGCAUUUUUAAUAGGUGCCUACGCAGUAGCUUACUUGAAGAAAACACCAGAAGAAGCUUAUCGGAUGCUCUUAUCUGGAUCUAAUCCACCCUAUCUUUCCUUUAGGGAUGCUUCGUUUGGGAACUGCACAUAUAAUCUAUCUAUUCUCGACUGUCUACAAGGACUAAAAAAGGCCUUACAACAUGGAUUUGUUGAUUUCAAGACAUUUGAUGCAGAUGAAUAUGAACACUACGAGAGGGUAGAAAAUGGUGACUUCAAUUGGAUUGUCCCUGGAAAAUUCUUAGCAUUUAGUGGACCACAUCCGAAGACCAAGAUUGAAAAUGGUUAUCCGCUUCAUGCACCCGAAGCCUAUUUCCCAUAUUUUAGGAAGCACAACAUAACAACCGUCAUAAGGCUCAACAAAAAGAUUUAUGAAGCAAAACGCUUCACAGAUGGUGGGUUUGACCACUACGAUCUAUUCUUCAUUGAUGGUAGCACCCCAAGUGACAGUAUACUGCAACAGUUUUUGAACAUCUGUGAGGAAGCAGAAGGUGCUAUAGCUGUACACUGUAAAGCUGGGCUAGGAAGAACAGGAACACUGAUUGCUUGUUACAUAAUCAAACACUAUAAAUUUACCCAUUCUGAAGCCAUUGCCUGGAUACGAAUGUGUCGGCCAGGUUCUAUUAUUGGACCCCAGCAACACUUCCUUGAAGAAAAACAGUCGAUGUUGUGGAUCCACGGCGACAUAUUCCGAACUAAACAGAAAACAAAAGAAGUAGAUGAAGAUAGUUUGAGCAAAGUUUUAUCUGGCUUCGAUGAGAUUUCUAUCAGUGGAACUUCAACUAGAAUUGAAAAUUUGGAUAAAUAUAGAGAGAAUGAUUUGGAAGAAGAUUCAGAAACUAAGAGUGACUUGACUCAGGGAGAUCAACUCCGUGCCUUAAAACUUCAGAGGCAGCCACGUUCAGCUACAACAGGAGCUCUUAGGUUAGAAGAUAUGAAGACACAUGUCAGAUCCAUAUCCCAGCCUUUCAGAUUGAAUACAGCAGCUCUCUCUCAAGGGUCCAUAUCUCCUUUGAAAGCCACCAAAGUUAUGGUUUCGGCAUCACCUGCAGCAAAGAGAAUAAAUAGACAUGCUCCAUCUUCAGUUCCAAAUUUUAAAAGCUUUUCCAUAAACUCCAGGUUAGCCAGUUCUCUAGGGAACCUGCAUGCUGCUUCAGAUGAUGCUGAGAGCAAACUGACAUUAUCAUCCUCUAGGACAGGUUAUUCUGUAAGCCAACUCUCCAGUCAUUUGAAUGGCAGUGCCCUGUUGCCUGCCGGAAAUUAUCAUGAGCUGAACAACAACCUGUACAACAGGAGAGGCAAUAGCACUACCAACCUCAACAACUAUGUCAAUUCUCCCAACGUCCUGGCAGAGGAGUACAACACCUUCAGAUCUUUUACGGGGCUCGCUGCUUCUUCAGCAAGAUACCUGAGUCGAUCAAUUCCUUCCCUUCAGUCUGAAUAUGUUCAGUACUAAAGCCUUACUGCUUCGGUGAAAGCUGGACAUCUCUUAAAAAUCAUUUUUCUUCAAAGAGGAAGAAUGUUGAAGGAGACACUUCACUGGAGAAAUACUUCUUCAUACAUGAUUAGAACUUAACCCCCAAAUCUUUGCGUAAUCAGGGACUUCAGUAGUGACUACUGCAAAUGCGUUGUAAUUGAACUUCUGAAUAUUACAAUUUUGUGUGCGGAUCAAGAUUUUAAUAUUGAGAAUACUUCUAAUGAACUGUAGCAAUAGUUUAUAAUGAUGGUUCUGGGUUCAGUAUUAUAAUGUAUAUGUAUUGAGUAAAAGAUGUGUGUCCAUGUGUACACAAAAACAUGCAUAUUGUAUAAAAAUAGAGUAUAUUUUGGUUUAGAAUUCAAGGUGGGGUGGUGUUUUUUUUUACCAAAAAUGUGUAUUUUUCAAAUAUUGUUUUAUACUUCAAACGUGAGCCAAGAUCCAGAGAAACGUGUCCAUCUGCAGACAUACUGGGCAAGCAUGGCUGAUAGUACUUCACACCUUGUGAGUGUGACUCCAGAGACCCCAAGCAUCUGCUCAAUUAUGUCUGCAGAUUUGGAAGCAGAAUUGUACAUCUCUUGAUCCUGGCCAUACCAAUCCUGCUACUUGUUGGCUUUAUUGUAUCUGUCUAUCACUGUGCUUUUUACUAGUGGAAAAAAAUAUAUAUUUGUCAUACCACUUUUUAAUUUCAGAUGCUGAUGUUUAAAAUGUUCAUUUUUAAAGGUCUGCAGGAAGUCUGUAACAUAGACUUGCCUUAGCAUCUUUAAUUACAAAGAGAAACUAAUUUUAAUUAAAAUCUGUAUCUCUUAACUAUUGUGCUCUACAAUUUGUUUGUCAAAGGGUUUUACUUCUUGUGUUUUCCUUUCUGUAUAGCUUUGUCUAAAAGUUGUAUAAUGUUACAACAUGAGAAAAAGGUUGUCAUAGCAGGGAAGAUCUAACAUACUGAUUGAAUUUGUAAGACUACAAUGUCAUCUGAUUUUCAUUGGGUUAUUCAGUGAAAUAAGAGAGACGACUUUUCUUUUUCUUAUAAAUUGAGACCAAGAGGCAGGAAGUCUUUCACUCACAUUUUAAUUAUAGAUUGCAAGAACAUUUUAAAAGCUGUAUAUAACUCCUUAUUUUCCACUAUUUUUUAUACAUUCAACCAUACUAUCCAUAUUAUUCUUUGCAAAUGCUGUGAAGCUAGUGGCUAAUGUAAUCUUGAACAUUUAAUUCCCAGUUCAUUUGAAAGCAGAGGAGAAUGGACCACGAGCUGCAAAUAGUCCCCAGUUCCAUUUUUGUUCCCCAAGAACACCCCCACUUUAAGAGUAAAAUGCCAAUUUUCAACAACUUAAUUUUUGGGGGCGGGGCUGUCAGUUUGAGAAAUAAGGAAUAGAAUAUGUCCAUCAAGCUUUUAUAAGGUUUAGCACUUCUUCCUUGUUCCAAAGGUGCUUUUUCACAAGGCAACUGGACUUUCUUGUUUUUCUUUGAAGAAAAAAAUAAGGUCUUUCUUUUCUUCCUUGUUCCUUCUCAUUAUUUGUUCUAAUGAUCUUACCAUGUCACUGGCUAAGAGACCUUGAGGUCCUAAACAGCAAAAUAUAAAGAAAAUUGAAGUACAGCCCUCUGACUGUAAAACCUUAUCUGCCUCUAUUCACAAUUAUUUUUGAAACUGCAUUGUCUUGGGUCUGUAGUACUAAUUUAGUGCACAUUCUGGAUGCGCUAAUUGAUAACAUUCACAUACCAUUUGUAUUAUGAUCACAAGAAUGCUCCCCUAUUAAUGGCUACCAAGGAAAGAAUAUUUUUUUUACACAUUUUAUGCAGCCAUUCCAGUCUUCCUUGUGCAAACUAUAUUAACCAUGGAUCCUGUGGUUAGUCAAAAUACUCUUAUUUAAUCUAAAAAAAGGAAAUUAUCAUUCAUUGUUUUAUAACAGGUUAGUAUGAUAAAAUACAUUCUCAUGUUUAAUAUUAUGGUUUGUUCUGAAUCUGGCAACUUAGGCUUCCAAGUUGGAACAAAAUGCACAGUUCCAGUUAACUGGAAGUUUGCUAAUUUGACGAAUCAUGUCAAGGGGAAGAUCAAAGGCUGAUAGAUUAUUUCAUAUCAACUAGCAAUGAUUGGGUAUUUAAAUAUUUGAGGGAAAUAUGUAGUUCUAAUUAUGAUGGCUAAAUGUUUGGUGUUUUGUUGUCAGCUGCUUUAAUUACUGAAUGCAAUAUUUUAUCAAAUGUACAUCAAAUGUACUAUAUAUGAGUGAAUAGUAGGCAAAUUCUAAGGUAAUUCUACCUCUAAAAUUUGACAUGUAUUUUGUUAUUAAACUACUUAUGAGACAGAUGUAUUAUUUUUCCAAUGUAGAAAUAUAAAUGCUAAUGAAUGUCAGAAUUAUGCAUAGGUUUAUUUUAAUCAGAUAUUAUGAAAUACAAUACUAUUGUUAAUACCA